ACUCCCGGCCUUCCCCGCGGCUUCCCCCGUCGAGCGAUGGCGACAAGGCUGGCGGCAGCGGUGGCCCUGCGGGCGUUCCCUGGGCGGCGGGGGGCGGCUCUCGCGGCGGCGGGGCCCCCCGGGGGCGGCCCCCGCGGAGAGCGGCCCUCGGGUUUCCCGUCCCUACGGUGGGCGGUGGCGGGCGGGGCGGCGGCGGGGGCGGCGCUGGGGCUGCUGCUGAGCGGGGCGGGCGGCCAGGAGCGCCCGCGGCUGCCGGUCCUGAGCGCUGCCGUGCCCGCCCCACCGCCGCGCUCCCCGCGCAGCACCUACAACUUCAUCGCGGACGUGGUGGAGCAGACGGCGCCGGCGCUGGUCUACAUCGAGAUCCUGGGCAGGCACCCUUUCUCGGGCCGGGAGGUGCCCAUCUCCAACGGGUCGGGCUUCGUGGUGGCGGCGGACGGGCUGGUGGUGACCAACGCGCACGUGGUGGCCAACCGGCGGCGCGUGCGGGUGCGACUGGCCAGCGGGGAACUGUACGACGCGGUGGUGCGGCAGGUGGACCAGGUGGCCGACAUCGCCACCCUCAAGAUCAGCCCCAAGCACCCGUUGCCGACGCUGCGCCUGGGCCGCUCCUCCGAGGUGCGGCAGGGGGAGUUCGUGGUGGCCAUGGGCAGCCCCUUCGCCCUCCAGAACACCAUCACCUCGGGCAUCGUCAGCUCGGCCCAGCGCGGAGGCCGAGAGCUUGGCUUGGCCGCCUCCGACAUGGAGUACAUCCAGACGGACGCCGCCAUCGACUUUGGGAAUUCCGGGGGGCCGCUAGUCAACCUGGACGGGGAAGUGAUUGGUGUGAACACCAUGAAGGUCACACCCGGGAUCUCUUUCGCCAUUCCCUCUGACCGCCUGCGAGUCUUUCUGGAGCAGGAGCAGAAGCACAAGGAGUCCUGGUUUGGGGGCUCUGAGGGCAGGCGCCGCUACAUCGGGGUGAUGAUGCUGACCUUGACUCCCAGCAUCCUGUCAGAGCUGAAGGGGAGGAACCCGUCCUUCCCUGAUGUCUCCUAUGGAGUCCUUAUCCACAAGGUCAUUGUGGGCUCCCCCGCUCAUCAGGCGGGCUUAAAAGCAGGGGAUGUGGUAACAGAGAUCAACGGGAGGACAUCCCGACGGGCAGAAGACAUCUAUGAAGCCGUGCGGACCCAGAGCCGCCUGACUCUGCAGGUCCACCGUGGCUAUGAGGUGCUCCUGCUGACUAUCACCCCAGAAGUUACAGAAUAGGGGACUCAAAGCGGGACUCAGCUGCCCCAGCCCCUCAGAUUCCAAAGGCUCUUUUCAUUGAGUCAAGACCAGACUGGGCCGCUGGUCCCCAUGGCCUUGACUGGAAAAUGGAUGGGACCUGGCUGGUCUCGCACAGAGCCUCUUGUUCCUCUGGUGGGUCCCUUCAUUCUGGGGUUCUGGAGAAGGGGCAGUGAGCCGCUGUCUCCAGGAGCCUUUAGUGGAGAACCUCUUAUCUGUCUGGCCUUUAAAUGAAAAGUGACCCUGAAGGCACUUAUGCCACUCCCAGCUAGAAGAUUGGCAAGCAGGAGACCUUGCCUGGUGGGGUGGGAAUCUUUCCUGGACUGCCAUCUUGCUCAGCCUGUCCCUUGGAGGAGGGAUACUCUACACGAGGUGUUCUUAGGCCCUGUAAUCCAGGUAUUUGGAACUUUGUCGAGCACAUCCUUGAGAAGGUGACGGGAGUUUUUGCCCUGCUUGCAAAGGAACCCCACCCCUUUUCCACAUGCUCUGAAAGAGAAGCUGGGGAGACUCAACUAAGAGCAGUAGUUCUGCAGUCAAAAGGACGCCAUACUUUGUGCCAGCCUAUCUCAUCCGCAGAGACCGCCUCCAGCAGUAGUGGGUUUCAAUUUUGGCCGCUACCAGUUUGUUUGUGGGCGCACAUGAGCGCAGCAAUUCUGCGCGUGCGCAGAGACGUCUGGGUUAGUGGUCAGAGCCUCCCGCUAAUACCAGUUUGCCCAAUCUGGGGUGAACUGGUACCAACCCACCACUGGCCUCCAGGCUGGGGAUGUUUGGAACUGGAGUCCAGCAGUUGUGGCUGUGAACUUUGGAAAGCCCGAUGUAAAGGUUGGGAGUGUGUUCGCUGAAAUCAAUUACAUUUUUCAAGACA